UUAUCCAAUUUGAUGACGUAGAAAUAUCACAUGAGUAGGGUACGGAGUUAGGCGAGGUAUCAACUUUGUUCUCAGAGCACUAACAGACCCACGCUUCCAUUCCUAUUCAUUCCUGCAGACGGCAAUUAAUUUGGUGCCUAACCUCUCACCUAUAUACAACUACAAUGGUGAACGGAGUAUUUUACUUCUUAUUCUCUUCAAGUCUUGACGGUUUGUUUCAGAAGCUUCAAAUUCCUUUCUCUUUUCCCAUUUCUUAAUUACUCUGUGUACUAACUAAGCACAUUCACUUUGCUGCUAUUUCACAGCCCUCGAAUUUCUGAAAAAUCAUAUCCCUCCUCUCAUUCCAAGGGACUCAAACCGCCAGUGGCCCAGUACUGAGGUGGAAUGACCUAGUCCUUUUAUUACAGUUGCAUCAAGACUAGAUUUUUGGUUUUUAGAUAUCCAAGUUGACUUCAAAAUGCUUAAAACAUGAGUGAUUAUUAGUUUCAUCAUUGCUGCAGUUUAUUUAUUUAUUUAUUUACUCCCCCGUCCCAAUUUGUAAGAUACAUUACGGUGUACGAUGUUUGACUGACGAUAAAGCAAAUUGAUCCCUAUCAGCACUCAAAUUAGUUCUAGAAAAUAAAAUUUACAUAUUCAGAAACUACAUUAAAACCGCUACAAAGUCUGCAAAAAAUAAUUCAAAUUUCAUAAACUUUUUAUUUAUAAAAUAAAAAAUUGAGUGAUUUAUGUUGACCAAGUGAAUAGUAAAUGUAUCUAACAAUUUGGGACUGAGGGAGUAUUUAUUUUCCAUAUGUGGCUAUAGGUCGGUUAUAGUAUAUGGUUAUGGAUCAUCGGCUCAGAAGCUUGCCUAACUCCUCUAUGAACAGUUUCCAGUUGGAGAAUGAGAUCAUUUUCUCUACCUUUAAACCAUCAGUGGACAUUCCAGACAGUUACAAGCAUACCCUUUCAGUGGCACAACAUCCCAACCUGGGCACUCAUGGUCCUGCUUUGGACUCUGAUUCCACGCUGAACUACAUUAGCCAGAUGCUACUGGAGGAAGAGAGCAUUGAUGGGAACAAUCAGAACAUGUCCUUUGAUCCCAUUGCUCUCAGAGCUGCUGAGAAUGCCUUUUAUGAAGCCUUGCAUGAGAACCCUUCCCCACCUAUUCACAACAUUCCUGGAAGCUCAUUCAGGAAUGAUGUUGAUCCAGGAGAAUGCGAAUCGUGUGUUACGAGUGAGCCUCCCCCCGAUCUCGCCAUCAAGUUAUCAUCCGGAUUGUCAAACGGUUCUCUAUAUAGCUUUGGUGAUAGUGAGUCCAUAUCUCGAUUCAUGAGAGGUGUGGCUGAAUCUAGUAGAUGCCUUCAAGCUGCCCGUAAACAGCAUAUCAUCAAUGACUUGGAGAAACAUGAGGAGUCACCGAGAGAUAUUGAUGUCCCCAAGAUAGAUAAGGACCGUUCAGUGAAUUCGUACCGUAGAGGAAAGAAGCAUUAUUACCAUCCAGAUGAAAGUGGGGUGGAAGAAGAAAGGAGAAACAAGCAGCCUGCACUUUGUAAGGAGGAAGUUGAGUUAUCAGAGGAUUUUGAUAAUGUUUUGCUGUGUGGUGAAGAUGAUGAUGGUGAUGAUAGUGCUUCUCUAUCCCGACUCAGACAAAAAGGACGAAGUGGUCACCGCCAUCUUAAGAAAUGCGGAGGUAAUUGUGAAAAUGUGGAUCUGGUGUCUCUUUUAAUUAGCUGCGCACAAUCUGUUGCAAAUGCUGAUUAUAGGGGUGCAGAAGAUAAAUUAAAAAAGAUCAGGCAGCACUCUUCACCUACAGGUGACCCAAAUCAAAGAGUGGCUAAUGUAUUCGCUGAUAGUCUGGAGGUGCGGUUGGCUGGAACUGGGACACAAGUAUAUAAAGCAAUGUCUAAUAAUGAUGUCCUAGUCCCUGAGUUGCUAAAGUCCUACCUGUCACCUUUGCCGUUUAUGAGAAUGGCAGUUUUCUUUGCGAAUAGAAUGAUUUACGAAGUAGCGUCAAAAUGUGUCUCACUGCACAUUAUAGACUUUGGGAUUCAUUAUGGUAUCCAGUGGCCCACUCUUAUCCGGGACCUUUCUCAAAGACCUGAUGGCCCGCCUAAACUUCGAAUAACAGGAAUCGAGAUUCCCCUACCCGGUUUUCGUCCAGAGCAGAUGGUAGAAGAAACAGGUUUCCGCUUAGCAAAAUGUUGCCAGUGUUUCGGUGUGCCAUUCGAGUACAACGCGCUCACAAGGCAGAAUUGGGAGACUAUAUCAAUUGAGGAUUUAAAGCUUUUGAGUGAUGAGGUGGUUGCUGUUAACUGUUUUAUUCGAUUAGAGUACAUUUUGGAUGAGACAUUGGUUGUUAUGAACAGUCCUAGGGAUGCGGUUUUAAACUUAAUACGGAAAGUAAGUCCUCAUAUAUAUGUCCAAGCAAUGAGUAACGGACCUCACAGCUCUCCUUUCUUUGUCAAUCGGUUUCGAGAAGCUCUCUCAUUCUACUCUACUGUCUUUGAUACGUGUGAGGCUAUUUUGCCACUCCAUGAGCAUCAUAGAUUGAUUUUAGAACAAGAAGUUCUAGGUCGAGAGAUAAUGAACAUCAUUGCAUGUGAGGGCAUGGAAAGAUUGUUGAGGCCUGAAACAUGUAAGCAGUGGCAAUCUCGCAUUUUGAGGGCAGGCUUCAAGCCCAUGUCGACUAACCCCAAACUCGUGAAAAAGUUAAAAAGCAAGGUGAGGGCAGGAUAUCACAAAGACUUUCUGUUUGUGGAAGAGGGCAACUGGAUAUUGCAGGGGUGGAAAGGUCGAAUUCUUGGAGGCAGCUCUUGCUGGGUUGCUGCGUGACAUUCUAACAACGUCAGAUAGUAAGUACAAUUAGUAAUUAUUGCUGCUUGUGACAUGACAGUCUCCCAACCAGGACAUGGUAAUAUUUGUUUUAGUGGGAUGUUUUUACAUAUCACCUCUAUUCUUUUUUUUAAAUGUGACUAAACUUUGUUUAAAUCAUUCAAGUUUCUUCCUUCUCCAACCCCUAUUCAAUUUCUUAC